AUCAUUUAUUGAAGGUCUUGACAUAAUCCGUGUCCACAGAUGUCAAUCUAAACGGACAAGAAUCAUUAAACUUUCAUGUAAACAUAUAUAUGAACAAAGAAUAUUGUUACAAUUUUAUCAUUACUGAUUGUUAUGAUGCUGCAUUAUGGCAGAUGGACGGUUGGUUAACUACCGGCCCAAUUAUAAUCUGAACUUACCACCACCAAGAACCGAAGCAGGUGCAUCCACAAGUACACUCAGGCUCUUCCAAUUAGGGCCAGCAACACCAGAUCAGCAAAACAAAUCAAAGAACUUCCGGCCCACUGGAGCACCACAUUGGUUGGUAGACAAAAUCCCAAUUCAAGAAAAUGAUGAUAUAGAGAAUGUUUUCUCUCAACAACCUAAAAUUGCAGAGAAACAAUCUAAUCAAUUAUUGCAGAACAUUGUGGACGAAUAUGCAGCCAUACUGAAAUUGCCAAAAGAAAAGAGCAUUUCUGAUAAUGGAAGUCGUCUAGUGUUAUCUCAACCACCUGAAAUUGUAGAGAAACGAUCUAAUCAAAUAAUGCAGAACAUUGUGGACGAAUCUACUUCCACAUUGGAAUUGCCAAAGGAAAAGAACGUGUCUGAUGAUGGAAAUCAUGAAGGAAUUAAUAUGAACAAGACACCACAGCAGAAACCAUCCAGAAGAAGAAAACACCGACCAAAAGUAGUAGUGGAAGGGAAACCCAAAAGGACACCAAAGCGUACCACAAAAAAUAAUAGCCCCGAUGGAAAUCCUUUGGGUAAAAGGAAGUAUGUGCGCAAAAAGGACAUCAAAACCUCCACAACUCCACUGGCUGGUGUAGUGAACGAAGUUGGAGUCUCUAACGUGAACUCUGCAGAAAAAUCAUGCAGGAGAAUGUUAAACUUUGACUUGGAAAAUGGAGCAGAAAAGCAAAGCAGGGACAGAGCAAUUGGUAACCAAGAAGAGAUAAAUGAAAAGAGAAAGAUGCCUUUUACUUGGAACUUGGAUUUUCACAAUGCAGAGGGGCAUAUGGGAUUCAACGCAGAAUCUACAUCAUCUUCAGUGAAGGAAUGGCAUCAAAGCGUACGUAGCAUGGAGAAACGACAAACGGAGAAUCCACAAAGUUUUGUCCCCUUUGUACAUCACACCCCACUGCAAUUACCGUUGCCAUUUCCAACUUCAGCACCAUCUUCAGCAAGGGAUCAUACAUUAAAUGUCAUAGCAAGGAGAUUGAGUAUGCGAAAUGCUAAUAUAAACCAAAGGGGAAGCCCGAGUUGGUACAGUCAGGUGGAUCAUAGUGUCAGUGGAGUACGACAGGCCCAGUUUGCCAUACAAACACAUGCAAAUGAAACAAAGGUAGAUGGAAGAAGGCAACCAAUGCUGCAGACUGGGACUCAACUCCUGGAUGAUCUGGUGGACAUCAUUGACAGGAGAGGAUCCAAGAGAGAAUAUUCCCAAACUGAGCUGACACAACCAGAAACUUCUGCGCUGAUGGGCACUCAACUAUUGUGCCAGGGAGUUUCUGAGACCGGCUAUUGUGCCAGUGAGAGCAACAAAUUAUGGCAAGAUGGUUUAGAAACUAGUAAGAGAAGGAAGGUUGAUGAUAACUUUCAUGUAACCUCAUCAAGCACGCCUUCUAACAUAACUUUUGAACAUUGCUCAAGACAAGUCGAAGGAAGAGACGUGAAAAGUGUCUGUGCAAAUGGCUCUACUUUACACCUGAAUGGUGGACUACCAUAUUCUGACUUUGAAGGAAAGAGCACCUCCUGGAAGCCAGACAAUGAAGCCAACAAGGUCCACGAUCAGUAUAUGAACCCCGGAAACUUUCGACAUGAAUUUCAGCGGCAACUUACUUCAUCUCAAGUUUAUUCAUUUGCAGAACAUAUGGUGCAGAACGUCACUUGUCACACUAAUAAAGCCCAAAGCAGCAAUUCCCUUGGUGCAAUUCUAUGGAAUCAGGCGUCUUCAUCUCAAAGGGGCCCUAAAAUCAUUCGAGGGAAUGAAAUAAUAAAUUCUUCUAUUCACCUUUCGGUGAAGGAACAAACAGCUAGACUGAAAUCAUUCAACCAAGCAAUUAAUAUGGAGAAAGUCAUCAGUAAAGAGAACAAGACAAGGGGUUACAAAGGCUCGCUUGGAGACAGCAGACGUUUAUUUUCAGUUGAUAAUAUUAUAGAAAGUUUAAAAUCUCUGAGCAUCAACUGUAGUGGAAAGAAAAUUGUUGGGGAGGAGCAAGGUGCACUUGUUCCAUAUAAACAAGAUGGUGCUAUCGUUCCAUAUGAAGAAUUUGAUCCAAUUAAAAAACGACGGCCACGACCUAAAGUGGAUCUUGAUCCAGAGACAAAUAGACUAUGGAAUCUUUUGAUGGGUAAGGAAGGAAGUGAAAGCACAGAAACGACAGACAAGAAUAAAGAAAAAUGGUGGGAAGAAGAGAGGAAAGUGUUCCGCGGACGAGUAGACUCGUUCAUUGCACGGAUGCAUCUUGUUCAAGGUGAUAGACGAUUCUCCAAAUGGAAAGGAUCAGUUGUUGACUCCGUGGUAGGAGUGUUUCUCACACAGAAUGUAUCAGAUCAUCUUUCAAGUUCUGCUUUCAUGUGUCUUGCAGCCAAAUUCCCCCUGAAAUCGACAAUUAUCAGACAAUCAUGCUAUCAAAAUGAAGUUAGCCCGUCAGUUGAAGAACAUGAGGUUCAAGUAACUUGUCCAGAUGGCACUAUAACUUAUGAUCACAGCACAAUAAGACAGCCAGUGUACAACCACAACUCUGUAACAUCCAGUGAAUCGUGUCAAUAUAGAGCAGGAAAUGUUGUGACAGGAACAAGAAACUUUGCAAUGGACAAGCAAAAUAGAAGAGCAGAGGAUGACGUAAUUUCAUCACAAAGUUCUUCUGAAUCCCUUGUAUUCCAAGCAAAUGAAGAUAUCAGAUCCAGCUCAGGAUCAAAUUCAGAAGCCGAAGAUCAGAUAUCGGUGUGUCAUUUAGGCAAAAACUGUGGCCCUCUGAAUCUUUUUGAACAGGCUGAAAGAAUGGCUGCAUUACAGGAAUAUCAGCGUCGAGUGAUGGGAAGUUCUUCUGCAAAUAAAAAUCUCCCUCAAUCAGAAAAUCCUGUGUACAACCUGCAAAAUCAAGGACUGGAUGGAGGCAGCAAGGCAUAUGCCAGUCCAAUCACUUCCAAUUUGCCGCAUCAUCAGAGGCCAAUCCCUCCAUCCACCAAUUCCUGGUUGGGCAUGAGAACAGGCUUGGAAGAAUGGGAAUCAAAUUUCCUGGCAUCUCCAGGAAAAGAAAGCAUAUCCUCUUUGGCUUCAACAGAUUUUGAGAAUACCAAGACAACAGAUGCAGAAAGAAGUUUUAUCAACCAACAGACUGAAAGACCAGAUCCAGCAACAAGAGUGGACCAUACAAUUCAAAACAAGUGCCUUGAACCACAGACUAAUAUACAAUCUGGGUAUCAAAGCAGAGAGGGCCAACAUUCCACCAACUGCAACAGAGGAAGCCACAAGACCACUCAGCAAGAAAGCAACUUCCUAUCAGACUGCACAAUGCCUGCUGAAGCAUUCAAUGAAAAGCCAAAUGGACAAGUAAAUUCUUCUACCAAACCAACAAAUUGGACAGGUCCCACAAGUUCAAAUGCAAGAAAGACAAAAGUUGAGAAGGAAAAGAGAGAAGCAUGUCUUUGGGAUGAGUUGAGAAAGCAGGCACAAUUGGAGGUGGGAAAAAGAGAGAGAACUGAGGAAACAAUGGACUCUUUGGACUAUGAAGCAUUAAGAAAGGCUAAUGUUCGUGAGAUUUCUGAAACAAUCAAGGAAAGGGGAAUGAACAACAUGCUAGCAGAGAGAAUUAAGGAUUUUCUCAAUCGACUGGUUGACGACCAUGGAGGAAUGGAUCUGGAAUGGUUGAGAGACGUUCCACCAGAAAAGUCAAAAGAUUAUCUACUAAGCAUACGAGGACUGGGGUUAAAGAGCGUGGAGUGCGUACGCCUAUUAACACUUCAUAACCUUGCAUUCCCUGUUGACACAAAUGUUGGACGAAUUGCCGUGCGACUUGGAUGGGUGCCUCUCCAGCCACUACCUGAGGCACUCCAAUUGCAUCUCCUUGAAUUGUACCCAGUUCUGGAAUCUAUCCAGAAAUAUCUUUGGCCCAGACUCUGUAAGCUGGAUCAGAAAACAUUGUAUGAGCUACACUAUCAAAUGAUAACAUUUGGAAAGGUUUUCUGCACAAAGAAACAACCAAAUUGUAAUGCAUGCCCAAUGAGAGGAGAGUGCCGACACUUUGCUAGUGCUUUCGCAAGCGCAAGACUUGCCCUCCCUGGGCUAGGGGUUUUACUUCCAUGUGUAAAUAACAAGUUCCAUGUUUCAAUCUUCAUGUGCAUCCACAAAGGAAUAGAUUCAUUUUCACGUGAUCAGGGACGUAUGCCCCCUGCUUUUCAGUUUCAUGCGUAUCUUUCACGUGAUCGGUGA